CAUCAAACGGUGAGACAUUUCAAAAUUCAUCCGAGCCCGAUCCGGUGUCGGGAAGAGCAGGGCUGUGGGAAGGAUAUGGGAAAGAGAGCGGAACCGAUGCAGUGGCUCUCGGCUAGGCAUUGUCAACACACAGGGCAGUGAUGCCUGGGAUGGUGAUGUUUCGGCGGCGCUGGUCAGUUGGCAGCGAUGACCUGGUGCUGCCCGCCCUCUUCCUUUUUUUAUUGCACUGCGUCUGGUUGGUGGUUCUGGCCGUGGUUCUCUUCGGCCUUCGGUACGGCUCAGACCUGUCGUGCUCCGUCACACUGGUUGACCAUGGUCGAGGGUACUUGGGCAUCCUCGUCAGCUGCCUUAUAUGUGAGAGCGCCAUCAUGUGGUUGAGCAUGAGGGGCAGCAUUUUGUACACACAGCCCAGGGAAGCUGUGCAGUAUGUGAUCUACAUCAGACUAGCUAUUCUACUAGUUGAGCUAGUGUAUGCUGUAGUAGGGAUUGCCUGGCUUGUCCAGUAUUACCAGCCGUGCUCCGAUGUCACUGCAAAAAACCUGGCUUUGGGAAUCGUUGCAUGUAAUUGGCUGGUAAUCCUCAGCGUUUGCAUUACUCUCAUGUGCACCUUUGACCCAACGGGUCGGACUUUUGUCAAAUUGAAAGCAACCCGUCGGCGUCAGCGCAACCUUACUACAUAUACUCUCAGACACAGACUAGAAGAAGGCCAGGCCAGCAGCUGGAGCAGAAGACUGAAGUUCUUUAUGUGCUGCACAAGAGCCCAGGAUACACAAUCAGAUGCAUAUUCAGAAGUGGCCAGCCUGUUUGCAGAGUUCUUCAGAGACCUGGACAUCGUGCCUAGUGAUAUUAUUGCUGGACUGGUGCUUCUCCGCCAGACGCAGAGGUCAAAAAGAUCUAAUGUCCUGGACCAGGCCAACAAUGACAUUAUAGCAUUCUUGUCAGGAAUACCAGUGACUCGUAGUACUAGAUACCUGGACCUCAAGAACUCUGCUGAGAUGAACAUGUACAAGGAGGUGUGUUAUUAUAUGCUCUUUGCCCUGGCUGCAUAUGGUUGGCCCAUGUACCUGAUGAGGAAGCCUGGCUGUGGGCUGUGCCGCCUUGCCAGCUCCUGCCCCUGCACAUCGGUCUCUGGCUCGCGGUUGUCUCAGUCCGUGACGGUGGAAGAGGACAACUGCUGCGGUUGUAACGUCCUUGCCAUACGCAGACACUUCCUUGAUAGGGAUCUCAAGCAGGUUCACGUUGUCUACACAUCCUGCCACGACGCUGUUUACGAGACUCCGUUCUUCGUGGCGGUGGAUCAUGCCAAGAAGAAAGUUGUCAUCAGUAUCAGGGGAACCCUUUCUCCAAAGGACGCCCUGACUGAUCUUACAGGAGACUCUGAGCGUUUGCCCGUGGAGGGGCAGCAUGGGACCUGGCUUGGUCACAAGGGAAUGGUUUACUCAGCAGAAUACAUUAAGAAGAAAUUGGAGCAGGAAAUGAUCUUGUCACAAGCUUUUGGAAGAGACUUGAGCAAGGGCACCAUGCAUUAUGGGCUGGUGAUAGUCGGGCACUCACUUGGUGCAGGCACUGCUGCUAUUCUCUCCUUCCUGCUCAGACCUCAGUACCCCACACUCCACUGCUACUCUUAUUCUCCACCUGGUGGCCUUCUAAGUGAGGAUGCUAUGGAGUACUCCAAAGAGUUUGUCACAUCUGUGGUAUUAGGAAAAGACCUUGUACCAAGGCUCGGCCUGUCCCAGCUGGAGGGUUUUAGACGGCACCUUCUGGAGGUCUUACAGAAAAGUAACAAGCCAAAGUGGAGGAUCAUUGUGGGAGGUACCAAAUGCAUCCCCAAAUCAGAGCUUCCAGUGGAGGAUGACGAUCCUCCAUCUCAGCCUGCGGCGCCCCCUAACAGCCGGCUAUGGCUACAUCCCAGUGACCUCAGCAUCGCCCUGUCAGCCUCCACACCUCUCUACCCUCCUGGCAGGAUCGUCCAUGUGGUGCACAACCAUCCACCAGAGUCAUGUUGCGGACAGGAAGAGCCGACCUACUCGGCUCUUUGGGGAGACAACAAGGGGUUUAACGAGGUCAUCAUAUCGCCGGCCAUGCUGAACGAGCACAUGCCCCACAUGGUGAUGGAGGGCCUGAACAAGGUGCUGGAGAACUAUAAUAAAGGAAAAACGGCUCUGUUGUCGGCAGCCAAGAUCAUGGUGAGCCCCACAGAAGUAGACUUGAACCCUGAGACCAUGUUCGUGGAUGCAGCCUCUCAGGAGCCGACACCCACAACAACCCACCACCGCAGGAACAGCAGUGUUCGAGACAAACCUUUGUUACGUUCGUGUGCCCAAUCUGAGAUAUCUCUGGAUGGUUUCUCUGAGUGCCCUCCUCCCCCAGUUCCUGUAGUGCUGCGUGGAGCACGAGAGCGCCUCGCGGUGGAGCUGAGGGACCGCAAGGCGCCGCUGGCCGUCAUGGAGAGUCUCUCAGAUGCAGAGUCCCUCUAUAGCCUAGAUUCCCGGCGCUCCUCGGCAGCCUUCAGGGGGUCGCCAAUGCUGGGUUGUCUACCGUUUCCUUUGGAUGCCCCAAUACCGGAGGAAAAUCCAUCUCUCAGCUCUCGCACUGAAUUGUUGGCCGCAGAUUGCCUGUGCCAGGGAACACCAGAGCACCUUGGUGAGGUUGGACCUUUCUUUACCCCACAUGAAUCCAGAUCCACUCCAGAUUACCCUACGAGGCUUUCUCCUGCCACGCCACGCUACAGUGGACCCCAUUCCCCAGCUCUUUUAAAUCAGUGUGUUCAGCCUUUUAAACAUAAGUCUAAUGCAGCCCCAACAUUGGGUAACGAUGAGGAUCAGAUGCCUGGUGUCUACAGCCCAAGAAGCACUCCAAAUGCUCCAUUAAGCCCACAGAUUGGCUCUAGACUAAUGGAUAGCGAAAAAGAGGAUUUAAAGCUGGAGACCACAGAAAAACUGUUAAGUGAAGAAACCAGUCUGGCAGCUUCCACUGCUUCACCUCAGCUUACAAAUGGGAAUCCCAGUCAGGCUGUGCUAGAGUUCGCCCAAUACUUAGACUCUCUCUUUAGACUGGAUGGCAGCAGCUCACCACCCCUGGACCUGUCUGAUGGGGAGUCAGAGUCAGGCAGGGGCUCCUUUGGGCAGGGUGAGUGUCUCGGAGAUGGCCAGCAGCUGGACGAUGCACAGCUGCUGGCCAGAGCAACACUGGAGCCUAACCUCGUUCCCAAACCUCCACGCACUUUUGCUGGGUCUGCCGAUCCCUCUUCAGGCAUAUCAUUGUCCCCAUCUUUUCCUCUUUCAUCCUCAGAGGAGCUCAACGAUCUUUCACCAAGCGAGGGAGCCCCCCCAGCCAUACACUCCCUACGAACAUCCAGCCCCUGCCACUGUCCAGAAGAGAACACGCUGUCUUCAAUGGUUUAGUAUGUUCUGAAGGCUCCGGUGAUUCAAACAUUCAAACAUAUCACAACACACGCAUGUAGUGGAAUGCAGUCACUCAUCAGGGACCCAGUGACAGAACUUAAUGGAUCAACAAACACUACAUCCAUUCUUCAGGUGACCCCUUUCAACACAAACAAUUUCACAGUACUGCAAUAAAAAAAAAAAAGAAGAUACCUCUCUGCAUGCCAGGGGGCUGUGUUGCUUCACAACUGUAGCUUCACAAUGCCAAUCCAGAACAAUGUCGUCUGACCCACAUAGGGACAUUUCUACAUUUCAUCCAGCCCCUGAUUUAGCAAAUGCAAAGGGAGAAUUGUUAACUGAGCAGGAAAUCAGAACCUAAUGUUGUAGAAACAGUUAGCAAAGGCACAUCCUCUAGGCUGGUGUACCAGACCUCUUCCUGCAUCUUCAGCAGUUCUGAGAACUUGUACAGAUUUUAUUUUAUUUGAUCUUUUUUGAGUUUUUUUUUUAAUCCGGAAUGUGAAGAUGGGACAUAUUUGUUUAUAAACAGAAAUGAGAAAACAAUUUGAAACGUUCCUCAGUUCUACAAAGAACAGACUUGGAGAAAGAGUGCGUUGGUGAGAAUACAUGUGUCUUAUACAUUAAGUGAUUGUGACAAAGUUAUUACAGAUGCCUAUGGAUGUUUUUGGAGUCUUUUGGUUACAUUUUAUAAUGCAUGACAACUUUUUUUUUAUUAAGUUAUUCCAAAGGAGAACUUGUCACUAAGCCACUUAGAUUGACAAUUUGUUACUCUUGCGCACAUAUUGCUCAGUUUUCCCCUUUUCCCAAAAAAAAAUAUAACAUAUAUAUAUAUAUAUAUAUAUAUAUAUAUAAACAAAUUGUCUUGCCAAAUGUAUUAAUUAGAUAUAAUUUUCUAUAUGUUUAUGGAUAUUACUUUUUUAAACACAGGCUCAAUUCAGUAUUUCCUUUCGAGGUAUUAUAUCAGUUCCCAUCUAGACUGUUACACGAAAACACCACGGAGACAAUGUCAUCCUGGCAUUAAAACGCUGCCAUACCUGUUAUGUAAAAAAAAAAAACCUCUGCACGUUGGGUUCGAACUAAUGAUAACCUUGCUAAUUGUCUUAAAUUUAUUGCGUAUUUUUCUUUAAAAACCUCUUAGCAAUGUGCCCAGGUCAGAGUUUGCAUGCUUUAUGCAUUUCAACGUAGCAUGGCUUGUAUAGAACAAGUCUCGUCAUCAAGUCACAGUAAAUAUGCUCUGAACUUCUCCAGAAAUGAUCACCAUAUCUUAGUCAUCAGUAACACAAGCCUAUGAGAGGUUGAUUAUAAGUAAAAGGGUAUCUGGACAUACGUUUUUUCCUGCUCUGAAGGUUCAUUCAGUUUUGGGGGUCAAAGUAUUUACUUCCCUUUAAUCCUGUUCGUCCUCCUUGUAGUCAGACUGAAUUCACGAACGGCAUUUAGUCGUCCAUAUCUCUUUGAGUGUGACAAGUUGCUCAUGUUUUGCAUUCUUUACUACAGUAAACGUCUUCACUUUUAACACUAUAUUUGAUGGUUUUAUUAUCCUGCAACAAAUUGGUUUGAUGUCAGUGUUUUCUUAUCUCGGUUUUUAAGACGGUGUGGGAAACUCAUCCCAAAUGCAAAACGUUAUCUAUUAUCAAGCCCUUUUUCCCCUGUUUGUCCAAGUGGUGUGCAACAUUCUGCCAUGGCAUGCUUAUGUUUUGUUUUUUUAUUAGUCUUCACAAAUUCCUCAAAGUGAUGAGGCCUGCUGCAGAGCGACAUUUUGUGCCACACCACUACCAAGUCCGAGUCGUUUUGGGUCAGACAUUACUUAGACCAUUUGAUCAGUCCUUGUAGACACACCACUGUUGGACCAGAUGGUUCCUACUGGCAAAAUCUUUGCUUGCAGUCGUUCAUACACUAAACUCUGCCAAUAGAAAGGACUGUGUUUGUUUUCCAUUGUGAUGUGUACAGCACUGUCUUUUACGUGUACUUUAUGCAGAUGUCUGUAAGAUGAAUUCCAAUAAAGUCGUGUAGAGAACAACUAUAUAAUAAGACUACCUGAAAAGAUCAGUACUGACAUGUAGAAGAAAAAGAAGCUAUUUAUUAAACUAUUGGCAGAUUAACAAAUUCGUCUAUAUUAAAAAAGAAAUAAUUCAGCUAUGUCUUGUCCAUGUUUACCUGGUUUGCAUCCCUUCCUUUCCUGUCCCACAAUAAGAAUGUAUUUAAUCCCUUUCCCUCAUUGCCCUGCCUGUAAUGGAAUAAACUAAAAACUAUGGGAGAAAAUCA